CGUGAUGAAGAAGUGAGAUCCGCUAGUGUCUGGACCAGAGUUUGCCAAUGAUAGAACUCCUGGAAUUCACAACUCUGUUGAUCAGCAUCCAUAACACGAAACUUGCCGAAGCUACAGCUUCACUUCACGCCUUACAUCAUGCUUCUGUACAAACCAAAGAAGGAAUAUCUCCAUCUGCCCUUCAAUGCAAGCAACAAGCUUUAUUUGAUAAUUGGCAUACAAUUGACAUGUGUUCACAUUGCUGGAGUAUUGUUGUAUCGUCGAGCCUAAGCAAAUCAGUGAGAUUAAGGAGAGCUAGGAGGAAGGAUGCAAGGUCUGCGCAGAUCAAGAGGAGCAACGAAGUCACCAAGUACCUCUGCACUCGAUGCGUGUUUGGCCAAGAGAAAGCCGGCAAGUUGAAGCAAUCUCUUCCUCCAUCAGAAUCUCUUUAUUGGGUUUGGCCUCUUCAGUGAAGAUUAGCUUCAAUGAUCUUUCAACAAAUUCAUCAUCCAGAAAAUUUCACAAGAGCUUCGGUGCUACUGUGUUCUGAUCAUCAUAUUUGGCCUGAGGAUGUUGAUACACCAUUUCGGGCUUAUGUGAGGAGAAAGAUCAGCAAAGGCCACGUGGAGGGAGGCAAGGGAGAGACAGAGAAGCAAUUCGUUGGGAAAAAGAUGACAGGUGGCACUGGAGAAGAGGUAUUAGGGGUAUUGUAAUUACCUACUAGGAUUAUAGCUCUCUGCUACGGUUGUAUGGGGAUUGGCACCUUUUGUGUGUAUAGCCAUCUCGUAUAUAUAUAUGCUAGUAGUCUUUUGGGUUGGGUAUGCA